AUGAAACUUACAAAUAAAGAUGCUGCUCGUUUGAAUCCCUGUUUGAAGGAACAAGAACAAUCAUAUCAAUGUCUGAAUAAAAACAACUUUGAUCACUCUAAGUGCGAGAAUUAUUUUGACAAUUACAAUAUUUGUAAAAAGUUUUGGGGCAAAGUAUACAGUGACAGAAGAUCUAAGGGACUUACACCAUAUAUGCCCGAUGUAGAAGAUAGGGAGAAAAUUAAAGAAGAAUAUAUAAAGAAUGUUCAAUUCACAAGUUGA